AUGACCCCUGUGCGCUGUCGGGCAGGGGGGAGUGUGAAAAAUGAAGAGAGAUCCUACAAGCUGAAGGUGAAGAGGACUGGUGGUGCCCCUCCUCCAUCACCUCCCAAGUUUACAGAAGAACAUGAGACUGUUGCCUCCAUGAUCUCUGGAGAACUCAACAUGGGCGAGGAUGUCUUUGACACUCUUGCCAUUCAAGAUGGGCAUCCAGUGGAUGAGGCAGGCACUCCCAUCAUGGAUGUUACUUUCACUGUGAGUGGAAAACUGCCACCGACAGAGGUCCCCUCUGCUACUUCUGCCGCUGAAUGUGCUGAAGCACCUGCACCUCCUAGUGCUUCUACAUCUUUCCAGCCAGAAGCUUCAUCCUCUGCAUCCACUGCACCAUCACUAACUACAUUUACAUGUAAUGUGGCCUCCUCUUCUGCUGCCCCACGGCAGAGGAGGAAAUUUGAUGCAGAGUACCAGGCCUGUCGGAAGCAGCAGGAUGAGUAUCACCAACUCCUUCUUCAACAGACCAGAGAGGAGCACGACCAACAGAUGAAACUGUACCAGUUUCACAGGGAGGUGUUGCAGCGGCAGCUAGAUGUCUUCACGGAGACUUGGCAUCAUAUCCGUGAGGCAGCAGACACCUGCAAAGCCAAAUUUUUGGACAGUUUGGGGAAUGCCGGAGAGUAACAUCCAUGAUGGGAUUGCCUGCCUCAUCAACUGCAUGCCCAUCUUGUAUUGUAAGUGUCAAGGACACACUCGCCCAUACUGAGUUCUCCAGAAAUCAUGGAGGCAACGGCCUCGUGUUCUUCGGAAAGCUUGGGAGGUGAUUGAGGAGGGCCACCACCAGUCUUCUUCACCGUUAGCAUGUAAGCUCCCCCCAACAUCACUACCUAUGAAUUUAUCUAAACAUUUUAUUAAUGUGUUCAUCUUAUUGACUCUCAUAACAUGAAGGCCAGGCCUGUUCCACUCAUUCUCUUGUUGGUAAAGUAUUUUUUGCCUAUGACCCUGUGGAAUCUGAAUUUAUCAAAUUUAAACCCAUUAUUACAUGUCCUACCCAGCUCUCUUACCAUCAGAACCUUAUAAAUAUCCCCCUUAUUAAAGCCCUUCAUCCAUUUAUAAACUUCGAUCAAGUCUCCUUGCACCCUUUGCCUCUCUAGAAAAUGCAAGUUUAAUUAACUGUUCGAGUCUCCUCAUAUGUCAAGUUUUUGAACCCGUAAAUCAUCUUUGUCAUCCUCCACUGUACCAAUUCUAACAUUUUGAUACCCAUUCUACAAUUAUGAAGGUGACCAGAAAAAAAACACA